AUGUUGAUUUUAUUCUUUAUUAUUUCUCUAUCAUGUCCAUUAUUUAAUGGAAUGGAUCAAAAUGAUGUUGAAGUACAAAAUGCUUGUUGUACUUCAUGUUGGAAUCACUUUGGAAAUAUAUGCCCACAAAAUUGCUGGGACUUUCAUCUUGGAGAAUGCAUAAAUGAUUGCUGGAAUAAUUUUUGUAAUUAUUGCAAUAAUAGAUUUUUUUGGAAUCAAAAUGCAACUCAAUCUGAUGAUCAAUAUCAAGGGGAAGAGGAAUGCGAAGAAGAAGAUGAUGAAGAUGGAGGUGAAGGGGAAUUUCAAGAAGAAAAUCAAGAUACUGAAGGACAGUGGCAAGAUUAUGAUUGCGAAGCUCAAGUACAACAUCAAUAUACCGAGAGAGAAAGUGACUUCAUGCCUUCAUCAUACGGAGAAACCAGCUACCAUUAUGGAUCAUACGAUGAGGAUAUUCACCAGUCUCAUCAAUACAACGAAGAGGCAACAGAUUGGGAAAAUCAGCCUUCUUCUUCUCAGACUGGAGGAAUGCCUUAUUAUAACAGUUGGGAUGAUGACCUGACAGAUCAAGUUGAAAAUUUAUCAGAACAUAUUCAAAACAUAAAGUUAAAAGGUUACAAAUUUUAUUAUUUUAUCAUAAAAAUAAUUUUUAAUGAAAACUUUAUUAUAGAAGAAGAUUUAAUUGUUCAACAUGAAGCGCUACAAGGUUGUCUUAUUACCUUAUAA